AUGGAUCUCUCAAUGAAGAAGAAGUCCGCCUACGACAUCGACAGCCUGCUGGGGGAGACGAUAAAAAAGAUGUCGCCGUCGUCUGACAGCCCGGAGGCAGCAAGCGAGCGGGACGAAGGCGACAACAACGACAGUGAAGAAAAAUCAUCAUUACAACAAGAUUCCCACCAGUGCUGGGCAAGACGAGCGUUGCGCGCAUGCGUGCUGCAAGGUUUCGGAGAACCGGAGCGAAAUGGAGGCUGGCCGGACUCCUGUCAGGUCCAGCACGUUCUUGGAGGACUCCUGCCAGAUCGCAGAAGACCUGAAGGAUGCCAGCGAGUCCAACCUGAGCGCUGCGGCGACGGAACCGGAAGUGGAGCGGCCGGAAAAGGAGGAUUUCAUGGCGGAGCGGGAGAAGGAGAUGGAGGAGAUGGGAAGCGGAAGCAGCGGAGGUACCGCACGACCUUCACCUCCUACCAGCUGGAGGAACUGGAGCUGACAUUCCAGAAAACACACUACCCGGAUGUCUUUACCAGGGAGGAGCUGGCAAUGAGGAUUGACCUGACAGAGGCAAGGGUACAGGUGUGGUUUCAAAACCGACGUGCCAAAUGGCGGAAGAAGGAGAAAGUCGGAGGUCAAGGACACCCGUACAACCCUUACAGCAACACCUUGAACUUGGUGACGCGAGGAGUGGUGGGUCCGCAGUCGGCAGCGUCAUCCGCAGCGGCAGUUGCUGCUGCAGCAGCAGCCGCAGCCGCCGGAGGUCACCCGUCAUAUUCCGACCUCCUCCUCAAGACCUACGAGAGCACGCUGAUGUCACGUUACGGUAUGACGUCACCUAUGACAACCUUCAACCCGGCCCUGUGCUCGCCGUUAACGCUCAGCAUGGCGGCUGCAACCUCGCCGGCGGUGGGACCAUUCGGAGUGAGCAUGCGCGGGCCUCUGACUCACCUUAGCAUCCCGGCUCCUCCUCCCGGCUCCUUCCAGCACCUGCUGGCCAGCAUGACGUCAUCGGCGGCCAAGGCGCGGGAGACGUACGUUGACCUUUCCUCUCCCGUGUCCGCACAGCCCCCUCCGCCUCCUGUGACGUCACAGGCUGGGACCGUGACGUCGUCCUCGCCCCCGGAUGACCGACGCAGUUCCAGCAUUGCGUCACUGAGACUGAAAGCGCGGGAGCAUGAAAUUAGAAUGGGGGGCAACGUGAGGGGCUGCAACGGUAUUGUGUAUUAAUGAACAGUGUCACUGCAUUGACAUUUCGAAUGAAAGGGCAGUGUCAGUGUCAUUAUAUCGUGCGUCGAUGACACUAUAUCAUAAUAGAGGCUAGCCUGGUGGCGCUGGAAUGACAGCAUGGCAUCAGAACUUGUGGAAGCAUCUGUGGACAGCAGUGACAUUGUCCACGAGUGACACGAAGUAAGGACAGACAACAAAACCGAGAGACUGCCAUGGAACUGUGUAGUUAUGGCACGAGUUCAAGAACCGGAGACAGGACUGGGGAUGCAAAA